CAUGAUCCUGCCCCCUCUCUCCAGAGCCCUGCCAGGAACGUACGGGACACUGCCGGGCAGAAAAAUAAUUUCAGCAUCUCAACACCGUGGGGAAAGGAGAAAUCUUGGAAAAACAAGUGCGUUGAAAGUUAGGUAUCUGUCAAAUUAAGCUUUUCUGCAGGCCUGCUUGCUUGUGAACGGUGAGUCAUCGGAGACUUCUGCAGAUGCAAAACCAAAACACUGCACCAGGCAGGCGUCCCUGACUCAUAUCCCAUACGCUGUUUAUUACACUGCCUCUGCCCCAAUCCUGUUGAGUGCUCUAACACAGCCUAGAGCAGUGUUAGCUGUGAUUUGGAAGAUUUUCCUUGAAGUCCAGUUAAGAAUGCAACCAACAGUAAAGUGAUGAAGCUGUGCAGCUGAAGAAGCGUUCUUCUGCUUGGUGAAAAUGCCUCUUAUAUUUUGACAACGAUUAAAGGACAAUGGGGUCAAACACACUUGGGAAGGCUGCAACGUUAGAUGAACUUUUGAAUGCUUGUAUUGAAAUGUUUGAUGACAAAGGAAAUCGGUGCUCCAGCCAUUUGCCAAGAACCUUUCUUUUAAUGCACCGGUGGUAUCUGCCUUCCACAGAAUUGGCUGGCAAGCUUCUGUCCACGUACAGAGAUGCCAGUGGGGAGAACUGCAAUGAAUUCAGAUUAAAAAUCUGUUAUUUCAUGAGAUACUGGAUUUUGGAAUUUCCUGCAGAAUUUAACUUGGAUCUUGGGCUUAUUCAGUUGACUGAAGAGUUUCGAGAAGUAGCCAGCCAGCUUGGAUAUGAGGAUCACAUCCAUCUCAUUGAUAUCUCCAGCAUUCCUUCCUAUGACUGGAUGAGAAGAGUUACACAGAGGAAAAGGAUUUCCAAGAAAGGAAAAGCCUGCCUGCUGUUUGACCAUCUGGAGCCCAUUGAGCUAGCUGAACAUCUCACUUUUCUGGAGCAUAAAUCUUUUAGAAGAAUUUCUUUUACAGACUACCAAAGCUAUGUGAUCCACGGCUGCUUGGAGAACAAUCCCACUUUGGAGAGAUCUAUUGCUUUAUUUAAUGGUAUCUCCAAAUGGGUCCAGCUCAUGGUUCUCAGCAAACCAACACCCCAGCAAAGGGCAGAAGUAAUCACAAAGUUUAUCAAUGUUGCACAGAAGCUCCUUCAUCUCCAGAACUUCAACACACUGAUGGCAGUUGUGGGAGGUCUAAGCCACAGCUCUAUUUCUCGCCUGAAAGAAACUCAUUCUCAUCUGUCUUCAGAAGUCACAAAGGACUGGAAUGAAAUGACGGAGCUGGUCUCUUCCAAUGGAAACUACUGCAACUACCGCAAGGCUUUUGCUGACUGUGUUGGCUUCAAAAUUCCCAUUUUAGGAGUUCACUUGAAAGACUUGAUUGCUGUCCAUGUCAUCUUUCCUGACUGGAUAGAUGACAACAAAGUAAACAUAGUGAAAAUGCAGCAGCUUUCCAUCACCUUGAGUGAACUGGUUUCCAUGCAAACUGCCUCUCAUCAUUUAGAGCCUAAUAUGGAUUUAAUUAACCUGCUAACUCUGUCCCUGGACCUUUAUCAUACUGAGGACGACAUUUACAAGCUCUCGCUGGUGCUGGAACCAAGGACCUGCAAAUCCCAACCUACCUCCCCGACAACCCCGAACAAGCCAGUAGUGCCACUGGAGUGGGCAUCUGGAGUGGUACCAAAACCUGACCCUACAGUCAUUAACAAGCACAUAAGGAAGUUGGUGGACUCUGUCUUUAGGAACUAUGAUCAUGACCACGAUGGCUAUAUAUCUCAGGAAGACUUUGAAAGUAUAGCUGCCAACUUCCCUUUUUUGGACUCCUUCUGUGUGCUGGACAAAGACCAAGAUGGUCUUAUAAGCAAAGAAGAAAUGAUGGCUUACUUUCUGAGGGCUAAAUCACAGUUCCAGUGUAAGAUGGGACCAGGGUUUAUUCAUAACUUUCAGGAGAUGACCUAUCUUAAACCAACUUUCUGCGAGCACUGUGCAGGAUUUCUCUGGGGUAUAAUCAAACAAGGCUACAAAUGCAAAGAUUGUGGUGCCAACUGUCAUAAGCAAUGCAGAGACCUGCUUGUGCUUGCAUGCAGAAGAUUUUCCAGAGGAACCUCAGUGGGCAGUAACCAUGGCUCUCUGCCUAACAGUCCAUCUCUGCCUCCAGUCCAAGAUGAAGUAUUUGAAUUUCCCAGUGUUGCCUCAGGACACCAGGACCUUGAUGGCAGAGCUAUCACUCUCGUGACUGGCUCAUCACGGAAGAUUUCAGUGCGGUUGCAGAGGGCGACCACCAGCCAAGCAACACAGACAGAACCACUGUGGCAUGAGCCAGGCUGGAGCGAUUCGGGUUCCCACACUUUCCCCAAAAUGAAGUCCAAGUUCCAUGGCAAAGCUGGGAAGAACAAAGGCUUUGCAAAAUGGGAGAAUGAAAAGCCCAACAUACAGGCUGAUACAGACAUAGAAAGAGAGGCCUCACAACACAUACUGGACCACAAUGGAAUAGAAACACUCCCAGAAAGACAAGAAUUUGAGGAUAGCUGAUUGAGCAUCAUGAAACAGAAAAACAAAGAUGACAACUGCCAUACAGCAAGAGUUGAUGGACUGUUAUAGACCACAUUUGGCUAUGGGAUGUUUUCCUGUACCUCAUACUUAUAAAUUCAACCAUUGCCCUAUUUUCUUAGCUGAUAGGUGUUGAAGUGCACUAUUUAUUUUCUCACAUGAAUAAGCCAUCUGGCUAAACCUUGCAUGGACAGAGCAGAACAGAUCUCUGCACUCAGUGUUUUCUCUUGUAUGACUUUUGUGGAAACUUCCUCUACACACCAAUGAGGAUAUAUUUGGCCUCCUCUAAAUAUACUGCAUCAUUUCAGUAUGUCUGCCAGUGACAACAAUGGUGAGGACAGAAGCCAAGUAUCUAAGUUAGUUUGACAACACUCCUUUUUCAGAGGCUUGUAAUGAUCUUUUAAGGAAAGAAGUAGGUGUAUUAUGUUGAUUAAAUCUCAAACCAGAACCUUUCAAAAAGUCCUCUGUACUGAGAUUCUUUGCACACCUGGGUUUUUGAACUUCAGCCAUGUUUACAUUGCUACAGUAAGCGUAUUGAUGUUCAGCACGUUGAUACCAGUUCACUGACUGGGGCUCCUUCAAACAUGCAGCAUGUGUCUGAGAGUGAAGGAAUGCCAAGCCACUAUGCAUAUGUCUGGUUAUACAGCAACGGAGAGGAGUCCUCUCUGCCAGCACUGAUUAUGGUAUGUUAGCUGGUUAGUUAACAUUCUUCUCUGGUUAGCAAAUUGCACACUAAAUGUACUGAAGAGCAGCCUCCAAAUUAGGGGGUUGCUAAGGUUGGCUCUAAUACCUGAAUCUGUAAUAACUUGCAAUGCAGGUUUGGGGUGGGAUUUCUCAGAAGUAUUAAGUUACCUAAGGAGCACAGCCCUCAUUUGGAAAAAGACCAACCCUCUCACCCCCAAACACCCACACCCACACCAAAGCACAAACCUCAGAGGUGUGUUCUAAUUUGGCAUACACAUAUUCUUCUUUUCUCCAAAGCCCUGAGCCAAAACAUGGUAUGUGGGAGGAACACACACUCUGAAUUAAAGCAAGCUGGAUAUAAGAUUUCCUACAAAAUCCAAGCUACUGCUCCCUACAACAGGAGUCAAACCAGAACUGACUGACUUGGCAGUUGCAUUUCUCUGUGGUUACUCGACUGUAAACUGCACUGUCAACUAGAUGAUGCCUGCUCAUUUUUGCAUGCUGGAUUCUACAGCUUUCCUUUGUUUUCCAACCCAACUCAUAAGAUAAAUCUGGGGAGAAAGAAGAGAAGGUGCUCUUACUAUUUUAGCCUAUUUAGCUUAUUUCUCUAUAAGCACUGCAGAGAGCAUUGAUUUCCAAGCAGGAUGAGGGCCAGAAGCAUCCUUCUCUCUAACUGGUAUGGGCAAAGAAAAGACAUUAGUUAAAAAUCUGGUCUUUAUUUCCUAGGCUGGGUCAGAUGACAGGUGUUGUGAUACACUGACCACACAGCUACUGUUACAAUGUAUGGCUUGCACACAAUGAAAAUGAUGUGGUAGAGAAUCUGAAUGGAGAAAUUUGGUUAUGAUCCAGACUGUUGAUGGAUUUGUUGAGAUAAGCCUUUUAACACUUACUAAAUGAAAUGUUCAUGUGUAACUUCAUUCUUAACAUCAAGUAAGAGCUUUAACCAGUGU